AUGAUUGUCGACCUGGUGAAUUGCGUUCGACAAGAAGAAUGGGGCCAAGUUCAUCAAUUGCUGCUCAAGCACUGGCUUGCACAAGUUCCUGAAGUCUUCGAAAUCAAUGCAGAUAUGCCUUGGGACAAUAGUGGAAUUAACGAAAGAUUGUUGGGUGCCCCUGGCGAAUUGUUAUUCUCACCAUUAGUUAGCGCUUUCUUGUUGGAUGUUCACAAUACCAAAAGUAGUCUGGAAACUAUGAAUGAACUCGCUGGUGUCGAUCCUGCAAAAGGUGCGAAAAUCUGUGGUCAUGUAUUCAAAAAUGGCGAGCUGACGUAUACAUGUCUCGACUGUGCUACUGAUGGAACAUGUGUAAUGUGUCUACAAUGCUUCGAAGUUUCGAUUCACAAAGCGCACAAAUACAAAGUGAGUGUUUUGUAUAUAUGGUUGAUAUUGAAACAAACAACGUUUAAGAUGCAUUCCUCGUCAGGAUCUGGUUACUGCGACUGUGGAGACAAAGAUGCUUGGCUUGAAGGAUACGCAUGUGCUAAUCACGAGAAGAAGGAAGAGGAAGAAGCAGCAGUACUAGCUCCAGAGUUGAGAAACCGCUGUGAGCAAUUAGUAGAAAUCAUUCUUCAUUUUGCUUUAUCGUUGAUCACUCAUAAAGAUGAUCUCACACUACCCGAAGCGUUUGAGGAGUUCAAACCCGAAGUUCCAGUUGACUCUCAGCAGUUUCUGACUGUUCUUUAUAAUGAUGAAACACAUACGUACGAGUCGGUUAUCAAAGUGCUUGAGCUAUAUAUUCAUUGCACUAAAGAUCAAGCGAUGCUAGUAGCGACAAUAGUUGAUCGAGAAGGUAGAAGUGCUGUAAAAUUAGGUAAUAAAGUGGACUGCACUAAGGCCAAAGAGGAUGUGCAGAAAAAGACGUCACGAGAUUCGUUAAGCAUUCGGAGAGCAUCAACUCAUCACUUACCACUUAGUGUGAAAGUCAUGGAUACAAUGCUAUUCUCACUCCAGAGUUUCUCUAUAUCUCUUUUAACAUGGCUCAAUGCACAAAUGGAAGUUUUCCCUCCCCUGCGUGAAAUCGUUGGAGAGAUUCUGUUGACUUCAAAAUUCGAGCUGAAGAAAGACUACGUUAAAAAACAAUCAAAGUCUGAAGAAGGAUUGAUAGCUCAAAUAGUUCAAAAUGUCCGAGACGGGAUGGAUGCUGAUGAUGAAGCAGAGUUGAUUCAACUUGUAAAUGACGGAAUAGAUGCCGGAGAAAUUAUAGCAGAAGUGGAGGACGAGCAAAUGGAAGUUGAUGCAGAUGACGAUGAAGAAAUCGUUCGUGCACUGACAGCCGGCAUUGAGCAACAAGGGCCUUCUCGAGAGUCCACCACAUUCACUAUUCUUGAGAACAUUCUCCUGCAAGAUACACAAAUGUGGAAGGCUGGGAGGUGCAUCCUGCAUCAACUUCUCAUGAGAACAGUCUUCAUGAUUUACGAACAGAAAGUCCGAUUUGCCAAAGUUUUCAUGCAACACUACAAUGAAAUUUAUGAAGAUUUCGUCAAAGAUGACCAUGAGAUGGAAGUGUCUGUUGUUGGUCUGUCAGUACAAUUCAUGACUGUUCCAAGUCUUGCGCGAAAAUUAGUCGCCGAGGAUGAAGCACUAAGUGUGAUUUCGAAUGCGAUUCGUUUACAAACCAAUAAAUAUAUCAGUCGCGGAUCAACAAAUAUGAGCGAAAUCGGACGAUUCGAUUUUACAAGUAGAUCGUUCCCUGCCGAUUUGAGAAGAGCACUUCAAAUCACUAGAGAUUUGGCUUAUAUUUUGAAUGCGAUUCCAUCUGAUGCUGAUUGGACUCGAGAGCUCAUCGAGGGAUUUGUCAAAGGAUUCACAGAUUUUCUGGUAUUCCUUCAACAUCUUCAAGGAAUGGAUGAAGUCAAGCGACAGGCAGUGGAGCAUCAAGUAUGGGAAUCUGAAUGGGAGACUGCUUUCAAUAUUUUGUUACGAUUGAAGGAUGCAAUCGCACUCGUUAUUUCGUGGGCUGAGAGCAAUGUGAGUGAUUUUGUUCGGUUUUAUUUAUCGUUCAAAGUUUAUCAUUUUCAGGAAGAAGUUCACAAUAGGCUGCUACUGAUGUGCCUAGAACUGAUGAAUAAAAUGCCACCAGUUUAUACGAAAACGAGUGAAGACUCGAGUGGGCUUACUGUCACCAUCAAUGGAGAAUCUAGUACAAUCACUCAUUUUGAUGUUCUGAAAUCUGCCACCUCCAUUCACCAACCAGUCGUUCGAAUUAUAGCUGGACUUUUCACUGCUAAGGAUCACGCAAUGUUUUUGAAGACAAGUAAGCCCGGCACUGAGCUUCAAGAGAAAAUCAGAUCGCUUCUUCAAUCGAAUGAAGAUACUAAUCUCUACGAAUUAGCUCUUCGUGUUCUUGUGCUGUGUGCUCAGACGAACGCAUCACUGUGGAGAAGGAAUGGAUUCUCGUUGGUCAAUCAAAUUCAUAACUACUUCUCUCCUCUUUGCCGAAGUGAAAUGUUUGAUCGAGAUGUUUUGAUGAUGCAAGUUGGAGCAGCAUUGACGCCUCCAUUGAAAUUCAUCAUCCAUCUUCUUCAUCGUUUCCGACUUGACAAAUGGGCAACAACCGAAUUUGAACAGGAUAAAGCAGCAGCGGCACAGACGAAACCAGAAUCUGAAGACUUGAGCAAAACUAUGGUUUUGAUCGCCGAAGAGUUUUUCCAAUGUCUUAUUCUGAUUUUCUCUGAACGAUACACUUAUGGUGUUGGGAAAACGAAUCCGUUGGAUGGAUUGAAACGCGAAGUUGUUCACAUUCUCUGCACUGGCUCCCAUACAUUCAGUCAUAUCCAGCAAAAAGUAUCACACGAUAACAACACAAAAAGAGUUUCCCUUCAUGAAGCCGUGAAUCAAGUAGCCGAUUUCCGGAAACCUUUAUCUACUUCCGCUGGACAAUUCCAUUGCAAAGAGUCAUGUCUUCCUAUGUACUCCCCAUUCUUCAUGCAUUAUUCGAAAAGUGAUCAAUCCGCUGCAGAACAGUGCCAAGCAAGAGUUAGAGCUAAAAUGGACAGAGUGACUCGAUCCUGCUUCCCAAAUCCUCUGCCCGAUUAUCUACCAUUUUUUGAAAAUUUGCCUCUGAUUCUCAAAUCAAACAUGCUCAUCCACGUCUUCAAGCUUGUUAUCGACAGAACCACUCGAAGAAGUCGGUUCUCGAGCGAUCGCGUCUUUCACAAAGUUCUAUAUCUCAUUGGAAUUGCAUUAAACGAAGAGGAGAAAGAUCCAGAUUUUGGUUUCACUCACAAGGCAGAAGAGAAUGUCGGUCUGUUAGGAAUGCUGGAAGGUCUUCUAGGCAAACAGGAGGCAUCUAUUUGUCCAGCUCUCCUCGAAGUUACUGUUGAAAAAUAUCGAAAACUUUUGAAACGAAACAGUGGACCACCAGAACCAGUUAUUGUUGAAACACAUCCAAUGUCUACAGCAGAGGAGUUGAAAGCCAAACGACAAGCGAAGGCUGCUGAAAUGCGACAGAAGGCGAUGGCUAAAAUGUCAAGCAUGCAGUCAAAGUUUAUGAAAAAAAUUGAAGUGGAUGAAUCGAAGGAUGAAACUCAUGUAAAAACAGAAGGAGCUAUUAAACCAGAAGAUUGUGACAACAAGGACGAAGAUAUUGUGAAACAAAUUGGCCACGAUUUCCCGGUUUGCAUUGGUAUCAAUAAAUGGCAAACUGAAAUUGAGAAACCAAGGAUAUUGACAUGUAUUUUAUGCCAAGAAGAUGAAGUUAUUGCUCCACAAUUGGGAAAACCGAUGGUUUGUGCAGCUUUUAUCCAACAAUCUCAACUGUUCACUCAUAAAAACCAGAAAGGAGAGCUUAUGACUGCAUCUAGUGGAGCCAUUUCAACUCGCGAUCUCCUGACGGCUCCAGCUACUCUCCAAUACGGUGUGGACGCUUCGACAUGUUCACACAGCAUGCAUUAUGAAUGCUACAAAAGCUUGCCCGAAUCACAUCCAUCUCCCGAUAGUUCGAGAGCUCGCCAAGUUGCUCCCCAUCCUCACAAAAUGGUGGAUACGGAGAGUGGCGAAUUUCAAUGUCCGUUGUGUAAGAGACUCUGGAAUGCUGCCAUACCCAUCCUGCCAGCUUAUCAGUUGACAAAUCAAAUUGGAUUUUCGACUGUUUCUGGAGCUGCUAAUGAGAACUUCGAGGUUUGGGUCGCAAGAGUCAAACGGAGCUUGGAAAUGCCUCUGAGUUCGGAAUCUGUCACCAAGAAAGGACAUAGCAGAAAGCGAUCACACUCGGAGCGAUCGUUGCUUGAUCUCGAGAAGCUUUCCCAAACAAGCAAAGAAUCGGAUGGUUCGCCUAAAUAUUCAUACAAUGCGACUCAUACUGAUACGCCUACAGAAUCGAAAAUUAUCAUGAAUUCGCCUCCGUCGGCUGACGAUGCUGAUUUUUACAACGAGUUGGCUGCUCUCUUUGUGGAUCCCGAAACCAACAACACCAAUUCACCGACAGCAACGCCUACUCCUGCAGGGGAAUCGAAUCCACGAAGCAGUGAAUCAACUUCAAGUGAAGCUGUGAAAAAACCGUUGAGCAGUCAAAUUCAACACGCUAUUCACACUCUCAUUCGACCAUUCCCAUCAAUGUCAAAGAGUAAAAUAUGUUCAACUGCAUUCGACGGUUUUGAAGAACCAAUUAAAGAUCUCGGAAAGAAUAUGAUCAAGUAUCGUCGUCGCGGGAACGAGAGCAAAGUAAAUUUCAUUGAGAAGCAUCUGAAAGGAUAUGCGAUUUCGACAGUGACAUGGCAGAGUGCUGCGCACGUCGCCAGAGCCAUUUCUUCCUAUUUGUACUAUGACAAGAAGCCACUUUUCGGAGCAUUAAACACCCGCCAGAGAGAUUGUAUGUCUGCUAUGAGUCGGCUCUGUGCAUCACUCUCGCAUAAUAUGCAAUUCCUUCUUCAUGCUGUUUCUGAUAUGCUCCGCGUUUUAUUGUGCGAUCCACCAACAGCCAAAGUCACUCAAACGCUGGGAUCACCUUUGUUUGGAACGUCAUCUUCAUCUGCGAACCCAUCAUCAACCCCGCAUUCAGGAACGAACUUUGCAUUUUUUGUACAGCUUUUCAACCCGGCUGGUCCCAGAAAAAAUGUCAACCUGAAUAUUCUGCAAGUAGAUAUUCUGAGUUUAGCGAUUUCAUUGAUGAUGACUAUUGGGUGGACAUGGAACAACGGUGUUCAGUCAAUGAGCAACACAUCAACAAAAGCGACGACCCAUCAAAAGUCUCGUUUGCUCACCCCAGAUGGAUCUGUCGAUGAGGCAUAUGUACUCCGUCUUGCACUACUGGCACACUAUUUCCAGAUUUUUGCAACGCAUGAUGAAUCUGAUGGGGAAGAUGCUAAUAUGGAUGAUGGUAGUGAAAUUCAUUCCAAUCUCGAUCCGGCUAUCAUUGAGAUAAUGGUGAAGCUCUACUCGAUUUGCCACCCCGAUGAUCAGCCAUUGAGACGCGUGGAUGUUUUGUGGAAAAAGUUAGAAGAAGGAGCGCAUUCUCUUCUCCGUCCCGUAGCUCUUCUAUACCAUUACAUCACACUUGUUGAUCCGCCAGAGGCAUUGAAAGAUCCAUCCAUUCACAGCGCAGAAGCAUUGUUCCGCUAUGUUGGUCUUCCUUCAAAGAUUGAAGAGCAUAUUCAAGGAAGUCUCGUUGAGUCAUUGUUUGUGAUGUGGUCUUUGGCUAUUCCAAAAGAUGAUCAUCUGCUUCGAGAACUCGUGGUUCAACCAGUCAAACCGAAUCUACUGGUUGAUUUGCCAGACCGAUAUAGUCAACUUAUCAAUAGAGUCGCAUCAUUCAAAUGUCCAACUAUUCCGAUUGAAGAAUCAACAUCGAAUGUUCCUACUUUAUGCCUAGUUUGUGGAACAAUAUUAUGCUCUCAAGCGUAUUGUUGUCAGAAAAUCGUAAACAAGCAAUCUUACGGAGCGUGCAGAUAUCACAUGUCACAAUGUUCCGGGUCAGUAGGAAUGUUCUUGCGCGUUCGAGACUGCAGUCUUGUUUUAAUGACUACCAGAAAACGAGGUUGCUUCCGUCCUGCACCAUACGUUGAUGAGUUUGGAGAGGUGGAUCAAGGCUUUCGACGUGGAAAUCCUCUGCAUCUGAAUCCUGAGCUCUAUCAAAAGUUGAAAUCAUUGUGGCUUCAGCAAGGAAUCACAGAAGAAGUUGUGAAUUACAAUGAGAUCGACUACCGCAAUGUUCAAUACGAUUGGGCUCACUUCUAG